AUGAAUAACGGCGCUUGGAGGUUGUUCUGGAAACGGCUCAUCUUGGUGGUUGCGGCUGCCGCUCUGAUGACGAGUUGCGUGUUCAACUUCGUCACGGCGCCGCUGAUCAUGUGCCUGAUGGACGGCGGGUGCGAGGAGGUGUCGGUCACCUCGUUGCGGGGAAUGUACGCCCGGACGAUAGCCGUAGCGUGUUUCGCGUCGGCGUCCGCGUUGCUGUGCAAGUACGGUACGACGAUGUCCAUCUACAAGCAGACGAUGGAGGCGCACGACGUGUACUCACCGACGACGGAGGCCGAGCGCCGGGACCGCGCGCUGUUCUGCGUCCUCUACGUCACGCUGUGCAUGUCCGUCACGCUGCCCAUCAACGCGCUGAGACUGUCGCUGCUGUACCGCAACCGGUCAGACCCGAUCGUGUUGGUGUUCUUCGUAUUUAUGUACCUGGAGAACGUGGUCAUGUGUCUGGGCGAGACGUGCUUCGUGACGUGGUGCCGCACGCUGAGCAACAAGUUUCUCGUGAUCAACCGGGACCUGCAGCUGCUUGGCGAGGAGAUGGCCACGGUCAACGAUACGGCGGCGGGUAAAUCGAUAACCACCGCUUUGAUCGCGACGACGGUCACCACCGCCGCUGCCGGACGACGGGUUACCUACGGAGGAGAUUUCUACGGUGGUCCCCGCGAACAGUCGAUCGCCAACGCCGUGGAGGUGAUACGAAUCCGGCACCAGCUGAUCCGGGACGCCUUGUCCGUGCUCGUCGACCUGUUUGGCCUCCCGGUGGGCCUGUCGCUGCUCACGUUGGGCGUGAUGACGCUGUUCGACAUCUAUUACCAGGUGUCCGACAUCAUGGGAGCUGACUCGAGGCUGAUGAUUUUCAUUUAUAUCUGGUUGUUGCAGUAUACCAUCAGAUUUUCCACAAUCGUUUUGACGGCGCACUACACAACCAAACAGGCACUCAAAUCAAAAAUAUUUAUUACGGAUAUAAACAAUCGUUAUUUAGACAGUAAUACAAAAGAAGAGUUACAGAUAUUCCUUAAUCAACUUUCAAAUUGUUCGAUUGAAAUUACUGCUUACGAUUUCAUUACUUUAAACACUCAUCUGAUAACGUCUGCGAUUGUAGCUGGAACAACAUACCUCGUAAUAUUAUUACAGUUUGAUUCAAAUGAUGAUUAA